AUGGACUGGCAAGCAGUCUCGGAUUUGGCAGGCACGACAUCCUUUGUCGUCUGGCUCUUUGCCCAAUCGCCUCAGAUCUACGAAAACUAUGUGCGGUCCUCUGUCGACGGCCUCUCGCUCGUCUUUGUCGCCCAGUGGUGUGCGGGCGACCUGACGAAUCUGGUCGGCUGCCUCCUCACCCACCAGCUGCCCUUUCAAGUCGCCGUUGCCUCGUACUUUUGCUUCAUCGACAUUGUCAUUCUCCUGCAGUACUACUACUACUGGAGCAAGAACAGAGCAAAGCCGACAGAGGUCGCGGUCGCCCCCGUCAUUCAGUACGGGACAUUCGGGACGUCGAGGAGGUACGGCUCCACUAGCCGGCCUCGAUACGGCAGCAAGAGCUCUUCCUACUCGACACUACCCAGGCUGCGGUCGACGACGGCAAGCCGGCCGACUUCGCCUGCACACACGAGAAGGCCGCCAUCAACGCCAAGCCGUGCUUCGGUCCGCCAUCAUUUUGAUGUACUAUCAGGCUACGAGGAGCUGAGCAGGGCAGCACGAAGCGUGGCGAGCCUCGCCAAGAAGAUGGCUGAGAGAAGCUCGAGCGCAUCGUCGACGAGGCGGCGCGAUGGGGGUGUCUCGAGCCCCAAGCGAGGAAUGUCGUCCAUGAUGACAAAGACUGGUGCAACGGAAGAGGCUAGGAAGCAGGAGCAGCCGCGUGAGCACCACGAUGCGUCCUCGGAUGAUGAGGGUGCAGGUGGGAAGGCUGCAUCUCGAGCUGCGGCGUACAACCAAAUGUCGGACAGCAUCAUGAGCACAGCAAGCACAGACGAUGGCUACGGGUACGGGUUCGGCAGCGCAUCGACGCACGACCUCGCCAGUGCUGCUGCGGCCUCGGGAAAGACGGUGGGAGGGACAUCACCCAUCCCAGAGGACGAUGCGGCGAGCUCGCUCGGCAGGGGCAGGGAUAUGACGAGGACAGCUGGGAGGAUCCUGGAGGCGAGCACAUCCAAGACGCCCCCCAACGCAGAAUCAUCCUCGGCAGAUGGUGGAGGCCAGGCUCAGCCGAUGGCUACGGCGACUGCUGCUGCGAAUGACCCGACGCUUGCCGAGCAGCCAAAGAGGCGCGGUCUGCUCGGUAGAUUCAUCAAGAGAACAAGGAACAGCGCUAGCACCAGCCCUACGGCGAGAAAGCGGACAGGGAUCGUGUUCCUCGGCAUCUGGGCCCUCUUCGCCCUCCGUCGUCCGACACAGCAACCAGAGAGUAGUACUGCAGCUCCUUACUCCCUUGGCCGCGUGCUCCACGGCGACGAAGCCCAGGCACCCCUUCACUGGGAUCAGGCCACCCAUGUGCACUUCCUGAGUCGACCGAUACCUCAGCAUCCCGUGACACUCUUCUACCACCAGGUGGCAAGAAAGCCUGGCCACGGUCGUGGCGACGACGAGAGGAACAAAGGCGACAACACCAAGCACCGCCAUCGCUCCAGCGACAGGCCCGGUCCGCCGCCAGCGCCGGGGGGAGGGCCCUCCGACUUGCCACCCUCGCCCUCGUGGGAACGUAUCCUGGGCCGCAUCUCUGCCUGGAUCUGCACCGUGCUCUACAUGACGUCGCGCCUGCCCCAGAUCUGGGAGAACCACGUCCGCAAGUCUGUCCAGGGCCUCUCGAUUCUCCUCUUCAUCGCCGCCGCCCUCGGCAACUUCUUCUACUCUGUCUCGGUGCUCGUCAACCCCAUGGCGCUCGAGGGCAGUCCAGAGGCCAAGCGAGAAUAUCUGAGGGAGAGCCUUCCGUUUCUGUUGGGAAGUGGGGGAACGCUGGUGUUUGAUGCGGUCAUUGUUGGGCAGUGGGUUGCCUGGAGAGGACUGCAGCCACUGGGCGAAGAGAUUGACGAAGCGGACGAGGUGCAAGAGCAGGUGUCGCCGCCAGGGCAGACGCAGCAAGGGGAGGAAGCUUCCUUCGUCGCCGCGAGGGAGAGCGCAUCGUCGUUGGAGAGGCGACCUCUUCUACCAUCUUCGCAUUAG